CACAAUCACAGUUUUUGUUAGAAAAAAACAAAACAAAGUCACGGCAGCUAAAUAUUUUGUAGUAUAUUUAUAAUUGACGAUUAACCCGAGCAUCGAAACGUUAAUUAGCUAUAAAUAAAGCAAGUGUGCACCAGUAGCAGUGCAGUAAUCUAGUUCCGGUGCGAAGAAAAGAGGCAUGGGCUGGCCCCAACACCACUGACCAAACAACAAGGACGACAACAUAAUUUGCGUGUUAAACCCGAAGAUUAGAAACACACAAAGGGCCGUUGCACCAGUCAAUAUGGUCGAGCCCAUUUUUGAGUAUCAAUUCCGCCUGAUACUCAUUGGCGACAGCACAGUGGGCAAGAGUUCGCUGCUUAAAUUCUUUACAGAUGGAAAAUUUGCCGAGCUCUCGGAUCCGACAGUGGGCGUGGACUUCUUUGCCCGCCUCAUCGAGAUGAAGGAUGGAACACAAAUCAAACUACAGCUGUGGGACACAGCCGGCCAGGAGCGUUUCCGCUCCAUCACAAAAUCCUACUAUCGCAAUUCCGUCGGCGUUCUGCUCGUCUAUGAUAUCUCGAAUCAUGCCAGCUUCGAGCAUAUACCACUGUGGAUGAUGGAGGCGCAGCGUCACAUCGAGCCGCACCGACCCGUCUUUGCGCUGGUUGGCUGCAAGCUGGACCUCAUCAAUGCGGGCGGCCACCGCGAAGUGUCCACAGAGGAGGCGCAGACGUUUGCCAAACAACAUGGCCUGCAUUUCGUUGAGACUUCCGCGCGCACCGGAGCCAAUGUGGAGGAGGCUUUCCGCAUGGUCACCCAAGAGGUGUACGCCCGGAUUCGAUCCGGCGAGUACAAGGCGGAGGAUGGCUGGGACGGCAUCAAGGCCGGCUUUGCGACGCCCAACAGUCUCGACUUCAAUCUCGUUGUGGCCGAGCCGGAGAAAUCCUCCUGUUGUUGAUUCGUUUUUUUUUUGUUUGUUGGGUCCCUUUUGAAUGUUUUGUUUGUCCACCCAGCGAUAGAGGUUUUUAUUUAAUUUUUUUUCUGUAUGUUUCUUCCAUAGUUUAUUAUUUGUCUCUUGUUAAUUAUUGUUUUGUCGAAUUCUUUUGUGUGGACUGUCCAUCAUUGAUCCACCACCGUAGGCACUCUUAAAACUAUCUAAUUUAGCUGAGAAACCAAAUCAUUAAUUCGUUACCUUAAUAUGCAAAACUAAUUUUAGUUUCUAGUUUCGUUUUUAAGCAAACGACAUAAUUGGGUUGUUCUUUAGUGACCCCCCCGCCCUGGGACUAGUAGAAUUAUUUUGUGAGCCCCCCCAAAUACAUUAAUAUUGGAUCCAAGUCAUUCGGAAAAGGGUCUGUUCAGCUUUACACAUACGUAGCAGAGCUCCUGUGCUCCGGAAAUCAUACAUAGGCAUAGGCUCUAUAUACACGAAAGAAAAGCUAUACAUAAUACUAUACUUAACUUGAAAUAUACAAGUUUUUAUUAAUACGA